CUCCUGUUUGUAUUCACAUCUCACACCAAACAACACACAAAAUACUCUCUCUCUCUGUUCUUCCUUAAGCACUGUUCUUCAACUGCAGUAGUACUUUAAUUUACUUCUUAUAAUAGUUUUCUCAUCGUCGUUUUUCCGCAAAGUUUGUCGUUUUCUUAAUUGAAAUCAAUGGCUGGAAAUACCAUUGUGGUUUUUGACUUCGACAAGACCAUAAUCGAAUGUGACAGUGAUAAUUGGGUGGUCGAUGAAUUGGGUGCCACUGAUCUCUUCAAUCAGCUUCUUCCUACCAUGCCAUGGAACUCUCUCAUGGAUAGGAUGAUGAAGGAGCUUCAUGAUCAAGGAAAAACCAUUGAUGAGAUUGUUGAGGUUCUUAAUCGGAUCCCAAUACAUCCCAGAGUUGUCCCUGCCAUUAAAGCCGCUCACGCUCUUGGAUGUGAAUUGAGGAUUGUUAGUGAUGCAAACAUGUUCUUCAUUGAAACAAUGUUGAAACAUCUUGGGCUGAGGGAGUACUUUUCAGAGAUUAACACCAAUCCCAGCUUUGUUGAUGAACAAGGAAGACUUAGGAUUCAACCUUUUCAUGAUUUCAAAAACUCCUCACAUGGCUGCACUACUGGAACUUGCCCUCCUAACAUGUGCAAGGGUUUGAUUAUAGAAAGAAUACAAGCCAGUGAGGGAAACAAAAGAAUAAUUUAUCUGGGUGAUGGAGCUGGUGACUAUUGCCCAAGCUUGAAGCUGAAAGAGAGUGAUUUUAUGAUGCCAAGGAAGAAUUUCCCUGUUUGGGACUUGAUUUCCAAUAACCCACUUCUCAUCAAGGCCAAAAUCCAUGAAUGGAGUGAUGGUGAGGAGUUUGAGAAGGUUCUGCUCAGCCUUAUUGACACUAUUUCCACUGAUGAGAAAUCUGCUUUCACUCCAACUUACUUAAAAAUGACAAGUAAUAUUGAUGUUUCUGCCAUACCCAAAGUCCUCCCAGUUCAGCAAUAGACAGAUUUGAUGUAUUAUAUAACAUAAUUAUUGCUCCAAUAAUGUUUAUCCCUAUCCCAAAUAUAUCUCUUUAGGGAAUUUUUAUAGACAAAAGUGUGUCUAAUACUGAUCUGUGCUAAAAGCACUGACCAUCUAUAAUAAUAAAUGUUUUUAGAAUUCUAAGA